GUCCAUGAAACAUCACCAAGCUAAGAUCGUGAUUUUGGCCUUCCGAGCAACACCCAAAAAGUGGUUAUAAGGCCAAACUGAGGGGGUUCUCAACCGGUGAAGUCGUUUUCAGGCGAGUUCGGGAGAGUACGUUCGUUGGAUGGCUCUCACGAAAAGCCCAUCAACAAGUGCAUGCGGGCUCUUUCUACUGGCGAUCAGGAGUGGAAGAGAGCCUUCUUCCCGUGAGGCUUUUCCUAAAGUCUGCCUGCCAACCACUCGUUCCGAAAGGACGACAAACUGGCAUAGCCAACUUUUCUUAAAUAAAAGCGUCUGCCCUUUCGGCUUCUCCGCAGUUCGUCGUCCUCAACUCUGGAGAAAAAUGAGGAACAAAAUUUUGGAGAAUUCAGUUCUAGAGGGCUAUGAAGAAGAUGAUGCCGUGGAUAUUCAUCAGGUGUUCCCGCAAGACCUGUCCGACGAGGACAAGCCCAUGAAUUUCCGCGAGAUCCCUGGAAGGGACACUAAGAAGCAGAUGGGGAGGAGUUUCAGUCGACAGGUCUCGCUCGAGACGGGGUUCGCAGCUUUGAAGAGGGAUAGAUCCCGGGCUCGAGAUGGAAGAGUUCUGUUGAGGAAUGGGAGGAGUUUUGGAGGGUUUGGGGUCAACCACAGCGGGAAGCUAAGCUCCCAUGAGCAUAGGAAAGGAGACUUCAGCAUGUUCAGAACAAAAGGCGGCCUCCAUAGGCAGAACACGCUUCUCCCGGUCAAGAGAGAAAAUGAGCAGGACUCUAGGAAGCUCUUUUCCGGACAGCAAGAAGAAGGCAUGAACAUGAACCUGCCCACGGGCAGGUAUUUUGCAGCCUUGAGAGGUCCAGAGCUCGACGAAGUCAAGGAUUCCGAAGACAUAUUGCUGCCGAUUGAUGAGAAGUGGCCGUUCCUUCUCCGCUUCCCCAUCGGCUGCUUUGGCAUCUGCCUCGGACUCAGUAGCCAGUCCAUCCUGUGGUACGCCAUUUCUACCAGUCCCGCCACCCGCUUCCUCCAUGCCACCCCUCUCAUAAAUGUGGCCCUCUGGUUCCUCGCUGCCAUUUCCCUCCUUCUCGUCUUCUCUACCUACACACUCAAGUGUAUCUUCUACUUCGAGGCCAUCAGGAGGGAGUUCAAUCACCCCGUGCGGACCAACUUCUUCUUUGCGCCGUGGAUUGUAUGCAUGUUCCUUGCCAUCGGGGUGCCUCCGGCGCUUUGUUCCCAAGUCCCGCCCUCGCUCUGGUGCGCCUUCAUGGCUCCCAUCCUGGCGUUAGAGCUCAAGAUCUAUGGCCAGUGGCUGUCCGGUGGGAAGCGCCGCCUCUGCAAGGUAGUGAACCCCUCCUCGCACCUCUCCGUUAUCGGCAACUUCGUCGGGGCUAUUCUGGCAGCCAAGGUUGGGUGGAAGGAGGCAGGCAAGUUCUUCUGGUCGGUGGGGAUCAGCCACUACCUCGUAGUGUUUGUGACGCUGUACCAGAGGCUCCCCACCAGCGAGACACUGCCCAAGGAGCUUCAUCCUGUCUACUCGAUGUUCAUCGCCACCCCCUGCGCCGCCAGCAUCGCUUGGGAGGCCAUUUACGGGGCGUUCGAUGGCUUCUCCCGGAUCUGCUACUUCCUUGCUCUCUUUCUCUACGCCUCUUUGGUGGUUCGCAUCAAUUUCUUCAGGGGCUUCAGGUUUUCUGUCGCUUGGUGGUCUUACACGUUUCCCAUGACCACAGCGUCUUUGGCCACCAUAAAGUAUGCAGAGCAGGUACCGAGUCCGAUAAGCAAAGGAUUAGCAGUGACCCUGUCUCUGCUGUCGUCUGCUAUGGUAUCAGCGUUGCUUGUCCUGACUCUUCUACAUGCUUUCCUCUGGAGAUCUUUGUUCCCCAAUGAUGUUGCGAUCGCCAUCACCAAGAAGAGGAGCAAUGCACUCAAAAGUGGAAAGCUAAAGCGCAGGCCAUAUGACAUCAGACAAUGGACGAGGCAAACUCCUUUUGCAUUGGUCACUUCGUCAAUGAACAGGAACUCUAAACAACAACAAGAUCAAGGAUCAGUUUUUCCUUACGUGGGAAAGAAUGCUCAGCAGCGCGACCAAAAAAUCUCAGUUAAUUAGCUCAUCAAAUGUACCAAAAAGUGAAUUAUGAACCUCAUGGAACAAAUAACGUGUAGAAGUAAUAUACCGCACCUACUAUGAU